AUGGUCUCGCUUUCCGCCAGUACGCAGACUUCUGCAUCCUCCUCCUCACCGCCCGCCUUCUACUAUGCCAAGACACGACAAGCUCUUUGCGAGGCUCUGCCAAUGCACUUCCGGUCGUACCAGGGUGGCGUUUAUACUUCAGAUGGUCGUUUGCGCGGCCUCCUCCUCGACACCCACGACUCGCUGGACCCAGCUGGGCUAGGCGACGGCCAGAGUCUGGUAACGCACCUUGGCUCCUUCGAAGGCGAUGCAGCGACCGAGACAGUCGAUACCAACCUCGGGCAAUCACGACUGGAAGCCGCACGGCUUGCGGCAGAUGAGGGUGACCGCGUCCUCGUCAUUAUCGGGCGACUGCAGCCUUUCGCCCCCGUAUCCUCCGUCAGUUUCCCAUCCGGAAAGCGUCCUCGGUAUCUUGUGCUAGGGUUCUACAACGUCCAGGAUGUCCAUCUUCUUCCCGCUCUUCCACAAACACCUUUUGGCCCGGUUAAUUCGACUUCUGUUUCAACUGCAAAAAUCGCCAUCACGCUCUCGUGGUGCGCAGACCAGGGCUUGCCCUACUGGUUGCCCGCAAUCUCGCCUCACAAUGUCCCCGCAUCUUCCUCAUCCGCACCCACCUUGAUUCGCCCCCUCCUCUUCAGCGAGGCGUCUACCAAGCGCUUCCACUACUCCCGCGAUACGGCGCGGGGCACGGCCUGCGACCGCUGCGGACAACUUGCGCUGGAACUUCACUGGGGUAUCUUCGCCUGCGACUCUUGCGACUACGCCGUUUCGCAACGCCUAAUCCCGUGGUUUCCCAAGCUCGUCAGGGAGGUCAAUCUGCAACCGAAGCCUCCGCCUCGCAGUCUCGCUCCGACCGUACGCAGAAUCGGCGGGUACGAAAUCACGACAUGGAAUCUCGAUCGCAGCAACCGCAUCGUUCGCCUCCGCCCGCUCAAGUCGACCGAGUUCGAGGACGACUUAUUCUGUGACCUGCAGCUGCCGGAAGCAGCGCACCAGCUUGUCCGCGGCAAGAUGCGUCGGUGUCGGGUACCUGCUAUGGCGACUUCCCACUACGCCUGUAACAUUGGCGCCACGUACGACUACGGCGUCGAGAUCCCGACAUUCCCGCUUCCUUCACUCGACUCUGACGGCGACGCUCCCGAUUCUUCCCUCCCUUCCCUCGCCUCCCUCGCUCGGCGGCAUGUCGAGUCCGUUAUCCAUCGCGUCCUUAAGCGCAAGGUCCGCUUCAACGAGGUCCUCACCAUCGGAUACCGCGCUGGCACGAGGAUCUCGGCUCAUCAGGACGCCGAGCGCGGCGUCAAGGAUUUCAUCGCCUCGUUGUCUCUCGGUGGUUCGGCCGUCCUUACCUUCGAAGAGUCUGGUAAGCCCGACGACAUGGAUGACAAGACGAACAAGCGCAUCAAGUUUGGUGUUGAGCUGCGUCACGCAGACAUCCUCGUCAUGCAGGGCACGAGAAUUCAACACGAGUGGAAACACGGGUUGGAGUCCGAUACUCUUCGUUUCGUCCAAACCUUCCGCGACAUUGAGCCUCGCGCGUCCUGA